AUGGUGCAGGCUGUGGGCAGGGAACCUGCAGAUUGUGGUAACCCUGCCAUCCCACCCAUGCUGAGUGGCCUGGCCAGGAUCAUCAAUGGCACGGAUGCUGUCCCUGGCUCCUGGCCCUGGCAGGUGUCCCUGCAGGAUGAGAACGGCCUCCACUUCUGCGGGGGCUCCCUCAUCUGCCCACACUGGGUGGUCACCGACACUCACUGCCAGGUCAGGACGUCUGACAAGGUGGUGCUUGGGGAAUACGACCUGGCCUCUGAUGAGGAGGACGUUUUCAACCACUUAGAUUUCAACUGGAUUACACUCUCCCCUGACAUUGCCCUGCUGAGGCUGAAAACACCUGCCCUGUUAACCCCAACCGUGUCCCCCGUGUGCCUGCCCUGUGCCUGUUGUGACUUCCCUCCUGGGACCGAGUGUGUCAUCACUGGCUGGGGCAUGUCCAGUGUCAACCCCCCUGUGACCCCCAGAAAGCUGCAGCAGGGGAUCGUGUACCUUGUGUCCACUGAAGAAUGCAAGAAUUAUUGGGGCAGCUCUAUUACUCAGCAGCAUAUCUGCACCAGGGGCAGUGGCAUCUCCUCCUGCAUGGGUGACUCUGGUGGGCCCCUGGUGUGCCAGAAGGACAGAGCCUGGUUCCUGGUAGGCAUCGUGUCUGGGGGCAGUGGCACCUGCAACACCUCCAUUCCUGGUGUGUAUGCUCGCGUCACUGCACUCGUGUGCUGGGUUAAGAAGAUCCUGGAGGAAAACAGCGAGUUUCGUUGCCACCCCUUCUGCAGGUGUCACCAAUAA